AGGAAGCUUCUGUUUUUCUCCCGUCUUGUGAUCUUAUGAUGGGUGUUCGAAAUCGUAUUCGAUAGCUCUGGAAAGAGCUUGGUAGAGUCUGCACAUGCAUACGGUCCAUCGUGCAGUUCAAGCGAGUUGAAAACGAGCGUUCGUGCUUCAGUUUCUUGAUUUGAGGGAAUAGGAAUCUGUUUUGCUGGUAAAACUCGGCCGCAUCGAUGGUUCUUGGAGACGGAAAUGGCUAAUACGAGGAUAAAUCACGUGAAACUCCCCUCGGUGCUGUGAUUUUUUGGCUCGAGUUGGUACCUAGUCUUUGUCACUGUAUAAUUUCGUUUCAUCAUUCGAGCUUCGUGGAAGCAACUGGGAAUGUAAUGCACACCCAACUACCGUUCACGUUCACAUGCAACUUAUGGAGAGAGAGAGAGAGACAGAGAGGGAAGAGGAGAGGAGAGAGAAGCUUUAUAUUUGUCUACUAUAUUUUAUUCUUUGCAUGGUCAAACUCAAACUCAUCACAUGCCAAUCUAACCUACGCUCUGCAGCACCAAACAGCGAGAGGAAGAGAAGGAUUUGACUAGGUUUCGGUUCUCAUGUCAACGUUCGAGGAAUCCCAAGUUUCGAGUGUCGGAUUUGAUCCACUUUUGAGCGAUUUGAAUGAGAAGAAGCAGAGUUUCAGGCGCAACGUGCUCUGUUUGGCAUCGGAGCUGCAAGAGGUGCGAAGCCGUCUCGCAUUUCAAGAGCAAUCAUUUGCAAGGGAAGCCCUUUCAAGACAGGCGACAGAGAGCAGGGUGAGGGAGAUGGAGGAGGAAGUGAUAGGAUUACAAAGAACAUUGGAGGAGAAGGAUGGGGAGCUUCAGGCUUCGACUUCUACUUCUGAGAAGUGUCUCCAGGAAAUGGAUGCUCUUAAAUCACAGAUCGUGAUCACUCAAGCCACUGCAGAUGCUAGUGCCGCAUCAGCUCAAUCAGUGCAGCUUCAGUGCCUCGCCCUCUUAAAAGAAUUAGAUGAGAAGAACUGUUCUUUAAAGGAGAAUGAGGAUCGUGUUAAUAGGUUUGGCGAGCAAUUAAAUAACCUGCAGAAGGAUCUUCAAGCGAGGGAGUACUCACAAAAGCAACUGAGAGAGGAAGUUAUGAAGACUGAGUGUGAUAUUAUGGAAGCUCUUGCUAAAUCAGGCUUAAGCAAGGACUCUGAACUGAGAAAAAUACUAGAUGUGGUAUCCCCAAAGAACAUCGAGAAUAUUAACAGACUUUUGGUGGUUAAGGAUGAAGAAAUAGGAAAGCUCAGGGACGAGAUCAGGAUCAUGUCCGCUCAUUGGAAGCUCAAGGCGAAGGAGUUGGAAUCACAGUUGGAGAAGCAGCGGAGAGUGGAUCAGGAACUGAAGAAGCGGGUGGUGAAGCUGGAAUUCUGUCUCCAGGAAUCCCGUUCCCAGACGCGGAAACUUCAACGGCAACAGAUGGGAGAUCGGAGAGACAAAGCUCUCAAAGAACUCAAGGAGCAAUUAACAGUGGAGCUGCACCAAAAGAGCGGUCCAAGCGGUAACGGCAAACAGAACUUCUGGGAGUCCCCUAGCUUCAAGAUAGUGGUUUCCAUGUCCAUGUUGAUCCUGGUAGUUUUCUCAAAGCGGUAGAAAUUGUCACAACAAGAGUACACUUGUAGAAAGGCAAAAUCAAAAGUUGGAAAAGGAUAUAACAGGUGCUAGUUUGCUCAUUUGCUUGCGGCACUGGCCAAUGCAUUUUUUUGUAGUUCACAUCAAGUAUUAUAGGACGUCGAUCAUCUCUUUGGAUCGUGCGAGCGAUCCACACACAGACGAAUUGCAAAUUUGGUUGUGCUAAUGGUUAAGGCUUGUCCGGUCCGGACCCC